GUGAUAUGUCCACCCUUCUCUCUCUCUCAUACAAAUAGGGACCCUCAUUAUUCAAUCAGAAACAACUGUGUCUGAGGUGGUCUUCCAUGAUUUUGAAUAGUCUACUACAAAAGUGAAUUUACAUGCUGUGCUUUCUAAAGUGUGGUAACUGAACAACAAGGCAGAUUCUUUAUCAAUGUCAUGAAAAUCAAGAAAAAACUGCGGAUGCUGGAAAUUUAAAAUAAAAGCAGAAAAAGCUGGAGUCACUCAGCAGGUCAGGCCGCAUCUGUGGGAAGAGAAGCAGUCAAUGCAUCAGGUACUGAUUGAUCAUGAGGACAUCAAGUCACCAACACUUUGACCAGCUGCUUUUACUUUUUGUUGCACUAGUACUAAUCAGGAAUAUUAAUGGCAUCUUACCCAAAGGUCCUUUGAAGUCAAUGAAUCUGACCGUUGUUGAGGGAACCACUGUUCCUUUCUUUUUAUAUCAGUUUCAAUCAACUAACAGUGCUGUAAAGUCAUUUAGAAUAACUGCUGGUGAAACCCAUGGCAGACUACAUAUCGAAGAAGGGUGGUUGUAUCUCAAUAUAACCGUGGAUCGUGAAGAACAAGCAAUCUACAAGUUACAGAUAGAAGGCCUAAAUGGAGAACAAAAGGUGGUUGAAGGACCUGUCACGGUGAUGAUUAUAGUUCAAGACAUAAAUGACAAUCAGCCUACGUUUGCAGAAACAGAGUAUAAAGGAGUUGUGUGGCAGAACUCCAGACCUGGCAAGCCUUUCAUGGAAGUAAAGGCUGAGGAUUUGGAUGAUCCCAACACUCCUAAUGGUAAAAUUGAAUACAGCAUCUCACAGCAGAUACCCAGCACUGAUCACAUAAUGCUUUUCCAGGUUGAUAAAGAAACUGGGGCAAUCUCCACAACUGAAAAAGGAUACGAAUUACUUGAUCCAGGACAAGUAAAACAGUACGAUCUUGUAGUUGUCGCAAAGGAUUUGGCUGAAUUAUCUCUCAGUACGAGCACUAUAGUGAAGAUUGAUGUGAAGGAGAAUCUGUGGAAGUCACCUGGAAAAAUAGAGGUUCCUGAGAAUUCUUCUGAUCCUCUUCCCAAGACGAUCACAAAGGUUCAGUGGAAUACACCUGGUGCAAUAUUUGACCUCAAGCCAAAGGACAAUAUGUUUUACCGCAGUUUUCCAUUUGUAAUUGAUGCUAAUGGUGACAUUAAUGUGACGGAUUCACUGGAUAGAGAAGAAAUUAGUAACUACGUGCUGUUGGUAUAUGCUCUGGAUAAAAACAGAGAGCCGCUGGAAAAGCCGUUGGAAAUUGUGGUCAUCGUUAAGGAUGUCAAUGACAACAGCCCUGUCUGUAAAGAAGCAGUGACUUUCCUUGAGGUGCAAGAAAAUGAACAAAUGGGAAGCAAUAUUGGAAGUGUACUUGCAACAGACCUGGAUGAAGAAGGGACAAAAAACUCCAUGCUGAAAUAUAAAAUCCUUGAUCAAGAACCAAAGAUUCCUGAAGAUAACAUGUUCAAAAUUAAUGACUUUGAAGGAACUAUCCAACGUUUCAAUGGGAAACUAGAAAAGAAAAAUGCACCAGAAUACCUUUUAAGAGUCCAAGUCACAGACCAAAUGGGAAUUGAAGGAGGACUAAGCACCGAAUGCCUCGUCAAUAUCUCUGUUAUUGAUAUCAAUGACAAGAUCCCUAUCUUUGAAAGCCCGAAGUACGGUCCAAUCACCUUGGAGGAAAACACUUCACUGAAUAAAGUGCUAAUAGAAAUUCAGGCUACAGAUGAUGAUGAGGCUCUAACAGGCAGUUCUGAAAUAUUGUACAAUGUUGUGGAUGGUGAUGAAAAUGGAACUUUCAAAAUAAUAACUGACAAAAGCACCAAUAGGGGACUGGUACAGUUGGCGAAGCCUUUGGACUUUGAAGCUCGUUCAGUUUUUGAACUAAACAUCAGUGCCACAAAUCCAGAACCGCUGGUCGAUGGAGUGUACUACAACUUGAGCUCGUUCACUUUACUCUUUGUCAAUGUGACUGAUGAUGAUGAACCACCACGUUUCUUGAAACCUUUAUAUCAACAAUGGAUAUUUGAAAAUGCCUCCAAAGGAGAUGUGUUGCUAAAGGUGGAAGCCUAUGAUCCUGAAGGUUCUGCAGUGAGGUAUCAGCUAACAGAUGAUCCACGUAAAUGGUUUUACAUUGACCCCCAAACUGGAGAGAUUUUUACUAAUGGUAAUUUGGAUAUGGAGAAGGAAAGAAUGUAUAAUAUUAGAGUCACCGCAAUGGAGGAAGAUAAUCCUUCAAAAAAAUCUACAGUGGAUAUCUAUGUUCAUUUACAAGAUGUGAAUGACAAUCCUCCUAAAUUAGCAGAAGACUCCUCCUGGUUUUUCAUUUGUAUCCCUGCUGAUGAAGAGAAGAAAAUAACUAUCCAUGCUGUUGAUGAUGAUGUGGAGCUUGGUCCUCCAUUCAAAUUUUCUGUGGAUAAAGUUCCAGGCCGACAGUGGACCAUUAAUCCGAUAAAUGAUACCCAUGCCUCUGUCAUCAUGAGAUUUGGCAAACACGAGGAAGAAACACAAUACAAGAUUCCUGUGACGGUUACUGAUAGUGGCUUCCCAUCUCAAAAAGGAAAUGAUUUCAUAACAGUUAAAGUGUGCAAGUGCACAGACUCCAAAGUGUGCUUUCUUCCAGUCGAUCAAUCCCCUUAUUCAAAAGUAGGACUUGCACUUGGAAUACUGCUUGGAACGCUUGCUGUUAUAGGUCUGAUUCUCUUAAUUGUAUUUUUAAAAAUGAAACCGAAGAAACACGGAAAAGCUGAUAUAAAUCGAAUGGAUCGGACUGAGAAAGAAACUAUACCUCUGACCAAUGCAUAAUGGCAGAUAUUUAAAUAUCUACUACACGGAAAAAUAAAUUAUUUCACAGGGUCAGCUUUACAAUCUUAUGAAGAUCCUUUUACAAAUUUUUCCAGGCAUUAUUCUUUUUAUUGUGCAACCAGUUUUGAAUAUUGAUCAGUUUUGAUUUUACCAACACACACAUUUAUGAAUAGAAUCUUACAAAACCCUAAACAACAUGUAAGGUUGUCUAAGGUGUGAUCAUUAUAUUCUAUUAUUCUAUUCUGCUGUUAAUAGUGCUUCAUUAUACUUGGAAUAUUGUCCAUCAGUGUCAUUUUCUAGAGUUUUUAUUUACACAUUAUUUGGGGUGAAUGUGACAAUAGACAUUUUUGGAGUUUUGUGAGGUUAGAGUGAUUUGUUUGAUUUAUAUUGUAAAUUAAUUUAGGUUUGAUAAAUGGUCUGUCCUCAAAUAUUUCUUGCCAAAAUAAGUCAUUGUUAUUUAAUUAUUUUAUUUGUUAGUUAAUCAGGGGACAAUUCUGAGUGAACACAAAACAAGCCAAUCACAUAGACCACCUGGUGUGCUCUUCAACUGUCUUCAUAUUUUUUGGUAUCCAAGAUAAAUGGGUCAAGGAUUCAUAUUUUAAAAAAUGCCUCAGCUUAAAGUUAUACCUGAAUGUUUGUCUAAUGAGUGAGAAGAUUCUUGCAUUAAUUCCAUGUUGAUGAAGUCACUACAAUGAUGUAAUGAUACAGUUUGACCUGGUUUUCAUUACUAUGGUUUAUGUUUGAUUUGUAAGAAACUUGAUAAAAACUUCAUACCUGCAGUAGAAUAGUAAAUAUUCUGAUAGGUGAGCGUGGACAAAUGUAGCAAUGAGUAAGAAUGGCAUAAGCAACUGUGUGCUAGGGAAAUAAAAGGCAAAAAAAGCUGCAGGUACUAUAAAUUCAAAAUAAUAACAGCAAACUUUGUUGGGGGGGUGGAGAAAACAGCAGGGCAGAAACAGAGUUGUGGGGAAAGGAACCUUCUGCACGAUUAUUAUCCAGUGAUCUCCUCUGCAAAAUGGCUAUGUAGGGAUAUUGGGUGAUGAUAUGGAUAGGGUUGGGUAUGGCGAUCACCAUGGUGAGUAGCCGAUUGCCAACCACUGCCUGGGUUCUCACACAAAGAUUGCUUCUGGACAAAGUGUCAGAUGGUUCAUGGUGUCUGUCAGUGCCUUCUGAAAAUGAAGGAAUUAGGUGGGUGUGGAGUAGGAAGGGUCGGGUUUGAAGUAGGGGGUGGGGAAACUUUCUGCAGAUACACAACUUCAGUAGUAUUCCAGGUGGACAGACUUUGCUUUUAGUUGGUCCAAGAAAAAAUUUCAUCUCAAAAUCUUUCUGGCUGUCCCUGUCAAUGAAAGUGCAGUGUAAAUAAGAAUAAUGCUUGAAUGAUAUUUUUGUCAGUUGUUUUAAAGUGUUCUUCCUUUGUGUUAAUACUGAAUUGAAAUGUUAAUGAUGUUAGAAGAAGAAUGCUUUUUGUGCUUUUGCUGCAGUUGGAAAGCAUCAAAGGGCAAACCUUUGAGAAAUAGUUUAGUGGAAUUGCUUUGUAAUCUGGUGUGAUCAUGUUUGAGGAGGCAAUUGAUAUUCUGCUCAUUUUGAUUGCAGUAAUUAUGUAUGUACUCAUUGUGGCCACGUCUCUGUUUUAUGGCUAUAUGUGUUAAUCUUAGCUUUCAAGUAUCUGCCAAGCUGAUUUUUUUUUGAGCUGCAGUGAUCAUCAUGUUCCCAAUGGGCUCCUUAUUUCAUGUGUACAGAAAUGUAAUCUACAUUAGUUGGAGAAAUAGAAGUGCAGAAUAUGUUUUAACUGAUGAGAAAAUGGUAAAUGCUGGUGCACGGGGGACACUAGUGUUUCUGCACACAAAUAACGAAAGUUAGCAUGCAGGUAUUGCAAGUAAUUGAGAAAACAAAUUCUAUGUUCAUCUUCAAUGCAAAGGGAUUGAAGUAUAAGGGUGAAGGAGUCUUAUGCCAAUCAUGUAAGGCCUUGGUGAGACCUUAGCUGCAAUACUGCAUACACUUUUGGUCUCCCAACCUAAGUAAAGCAUGUACGUGCUUCAAGGGAGUGCAACAAAGAUUGAUUCCUAGGAUACAGAGAUUGUCCGUUGAGGAGACUUGGCUCAUAUUUAGGAGGUAAUAAAAGGUAAUCUAACAUUCUUCAUGGGCUUGAUGGGGGAUUGCUGGGAGACUAUUUUCCCCUGCUUGAGUUUAGAAUAAAGGGUUCGAUCUCAGAAUAAAGGAGUCAUUUCUCUCAGAUGGUUGUGAACUUUUAGAAUGCUCCACACAAGUAGACUGGGAAUGUUCAGUUGAUGACUUGGGUCAGAGACGGGUAGAUUUUUUUAAUACUAUGGAAUCAAGGGAAGAUGGAGAUAAGUUAGAAGAUCAGCCAUGAAGUUAAAUGUUGAAGCAAGCUUCAAAGUAAUAUGGCCUAAUCUUGUACUUGUACUUCUUAUGUUCUUAUGUACUGGCACUCAGGGAUUACAAAUGUUAAAGAUAAUUAAUAGCAGAGCCAUCAGGGUUAUCAUGAUCCUAAAUCAUAAUGUUUUUGCUAUGUUAUGAUACCAUUUCAGAAUUUAAAACUUACAGAAACUCUGUGGGGUGAACUAACAGAAUGGAUCUCAUCUGUUUGGUUCUUAAGCAAGCAGCUUUGGCUUCAGGGCAGAGGACAAUUUCCAUUAUGAAGUUUAUAAAGAUAUGUGCACUGUUUCAAAGCUGAUGCAACAAAGUCAUUGUAAAAUGUCAACCUUGUGCAGCAUUCUUAGCUUUUGUGAGGGUUUAUAUUCUGCAAGAUGAACUUUUGAAAUAAACUUGAAUGUGACAUUU